GACGGUAAUCCUUUUUUUUAAAUCCAAAUGAUCAAUCCUAUCAUCGACGACGUCCGGUCUAAAAUUUUAGUGUGAAUGAAGUAUUUUGUUAUCCAAGAGUCUAAUAAUUAUGCAACACGGCAUUUCCCAUUAUUUUUCAUCGCCUAGAGAAUUCCUUUCACCCGAAUAGGUUAAGAUGGAGGAAGAGCUUACUGUCAAUGCCGAUGCAAAAUGCCCUGAAACUCCGGAUGACUCACAGGUUGACAGGGGACCGAUAACAACGACCACGAAAAAUGCUUUGAUUACUAAUCAGCUGAGCCCCUGCGAUACAUAUCCUCACAGGCUGAAGGUAUCGGUCGUUGGAACUGGAAAGGUUGGCAUUGCCUGUGCGAUUGCUAUCCUCAUGCAAAGAAUGGCGAGCGAAGUCUGUCUGAUCGACAAGAAUGCGGCACGAGCGGAGGCCGAGGCCGAGGACAUCCGGCACGCUGGCAUCUUCCUGGGGAAUCCGUUGGUCAGUGGUACAGCCGAUAUAACCAUGGUGAAGGAAUCAGCUGUUGUAGUAAUAGCUAUUGGUGAGACUGGCCCACUGGAGAGGCCCAAUAUCCGCCACAAUGUCGAGAUAUUCAGGAAAAUUGUACCUGCCAUUGCCAAGUUUGCUUGUCGUGCUGUUUUGCUGGUUGUCACUCAGCCCAUUGAUGUCAUGUCCUACAUCACUUGGAAGCUGUCAAAAUUUCCAUCGAAUCGAGUCCUUGGAAGUGGCACUUUAAUCGAUACCCUGAGAUUCCAGUAUUAUCUGGGACAGAGGCUGGGUCUUGCCAACUCAUCCGUCAGCUGUAUGAGCAUUGGAGCUCAAGGAGAGACUUCAGUUCCAGUCUGGUCAAGUGUUCACGUAGCCGGGAUGAAACUCCGUGAUAUAAAUCCACGAAUGGGUGAGACAAGUGAUCCAGAGCGGUGGUACGAGGUAACGAAUGCGAUGAACGAGACAGAAUCGAAGUUGAAUGGUGAAAAGGGUGAGAACGGUCCAAGCUCCUGGUGCCUGGGUAUAUGCACAGCCCAGAUUGUCGAUGCCAUCCUGAGAAACACGAAGGUCGUAAUCCCGGUCUCCACGUACAUCCACAGCUGCAUUCACGGCACCGACAAGGACGUCUACAUGUCGAUACCAUGUGUUCUUGGUAGAGAAGGCGUUCAUCAAACUGUUAGACAGAAAUUAACUGACCAGGAGAAGUCAUGUGUUCAGGCAUGUGCUGAUGCUAUUCGAAAUACACUGCGUGAUUGUGGCAUACUCCAGGAGUCACGCGAUGAUGAUGAGUCGAAACUGAAGAUGACAGAGAAACCCAAAAAUACAGCGACUUAUCUGUUGACGAAGCAAGUGGAUCAACUUCCGGAUGUCCACCGGGUCAAGAUCGCAAUAGUUGGUAGUGGAAAUGUGGGAAUAGCAACAGCAAUGUCGAUAUUAUUCAAGCGUCUCGCCUCAGAGCUAGUACUGAUAGAUAGCAAUGAGCAACUAGCAAGGGCAGAGGCUGAAGAUAUCAGUCACGCGGGUGCUUUCCUGGGUAAUCCAAAGAUUGUUGGUACGAAAGAUUACAGUGCGGCCAGAGAUGCGGCUGUCUGCGUCAUCACCGCAGGUGGCAGACAGCAGGAUCAUCAACAACCUGGUGAAAUACUUGGUAGUAAUCUCGAUGUAUUCAAGAGCAUUAUUCCCAGCGUUUGCAAGUUCGCUCCCAAUAGUAUUUUAAUCAUCGUCACGAGUCCAGUCGAUAUACUUUCAUAUGUGGCCAUGAGACUCUCUGGAUUUCCCCCCAAUCGUGUGAUUGGCCUUGGUACCUUCCUGGAUAGCUGUAGAUUUCAGUACUUUAUCGGUGAGAAACUUGGAAUUUCACCGAGCUGUAUUCAAGCUUUUGUAAUCGGUGAAAACAGUCCAACAUCUGUGCCCGUGUGGUCUGCGGUCUCGGUGAUGGGAAUGCAGCUAAAGGACAUAAACAGGGAGAUUGGUAGCCGAAUGGACCCUGAGGGAUGGGGUGAAGUGCAUAAUAAAGUUGUUGCUAGCAAUGAAGACCUGAUGAAGAGAAAGUGUAACAAAUGGGCAGCUGGAGUUUGUGUUGCUGAAAUUGUUGAUGCCGUUGUCAGAAAUACCGGAGUUUCCAUGACAGUAUCAACGUUCAUUAAAGGAUGCAAACACGGGCUGGAGAAAGAUAUAUUCAUGUCCCUCCCAUGCAUAAUCGGUAGAAACGGAGUUCAAUCCUACAUUCGUCAUCUCUAUACCCAAGAAGAGCAGGAAUUGACGACAAAAUCAUGCAGAUCAAUUUACGAAUCUCAAAAACCAAUCCUAGGAUCAUUGGAAUAGUAUUCCAAAGACCCACAAAUAAACCCAUCCAUUAUUCACAGCAUUUGACAAUUGAAUCUAAUAAUGGAAUGAUACAAAAAUAAAUUGAUGAAGAAGAAGCACUUACCUUGCCAUACCCAACACUCUGAGAAUUUCACGACAUAACCGUUGCAUUUUCAUCCUGAGUGAUUCAUUAUAUCAGCGAGUAACGAAUGUGCCCGACGGCUGGUGACGUCUACAACGGCUUCAUCUUGCGACUCGUUUAAAAAAGGGGGCGAAUCAAAGCCCAGGGUGAAAGAGAAGAAGAAGAAGCCCCCGAGAUUGGCCCAAGGAAGGGCAACAGGAGCAUAAAAGUUAAUGCCCUCCAUGGGAGUCACUGGGGAUUUAAAAUGUGAAAAAUCGAUGGCUCAGGAGUAGGAGAAUGCGAGAGAGGAAAGGAACUCGUAAAACUGCGAAUAUAUUCACCACUGGUUCACUCUGGGCUUUCUUUAUCUCAUUCGUAUGCUCACCUAAGGACUCUCUGCUGCCCCUGAUUGAGUUACGAUUUAAUUAGGCCGCACACAGAUCAUGCACGGAGAAACAUUUACUGUUGAAUUUACUCCGACGGUCAGCGAUUGUCUGUUCAACGAAUCUUCUCUCGCCGGAAAUAAUAACGAGUUUUGCACUUUCCAGGAAACCUAAACGAGGGAUAACUGAUUGUUUUUUUUUGGGUUCAUCAAUUUUCAG